GGAUCCUCCCCCGGCUGACGGUAACGGGGUGGACCCUCCGUGUUUUCUCGAGAGUCUCAUGCCUGCCUCCACCACGAGGUUCCGGUACCGGGAGCUGUAGCUCAGAAGGAAGACUUGACGGCAGUGUACAGCUGGCGCAGUUUACGGCAGGUCGUGCAGCACAGGAAACACAUGCAGUUCUUCUGAUGACUAGAACCAGAAGGAACCGAGGCCGUUUGGAGUAACUUGAUUGGUCCAAACCCCUGACAGUCUUAUUUCCGGAAGCAGAAAAGGAAGUACCGGUGGGACCAGAAUGAUGUUCUGAAACUGACCAUGACCUUAAAUCCACAGCCUGCAGACUUAAAACUGCAUUGGUCUUUAAGCCCAUGAAAAAGAGGUCAGAGGUCAUUUGACCUGCAGACACCUGCUUACUAAGAAUCUGUGAACCAGGACCAGAAGUCAGCUCUGGAACCAACGUCCUGAAAACCUGAAACGGGCAGAAACUGUUGGCUCCUUCAAAUCAGAGAUUGUCCUGAUGGAGGCGCCGCCCUGCAGUCAGGUGGAGGAGCUGCAGCAAGAACAGGAACAUGGCUCCUCCCUCGUUGUCGGGCUCAGUCUCUGUGACUCCGCCCCCCUCCUGUGGCGGUUCCAGGACCUGAAGACUGUGAGGUCCAACAGCUUGGUGGGGGCACUUCUCGGCUCACUUCCCAGAACCCCUAGACAGAAUAUCCGACUGGGCCGUCCGCUCCUGCUAAUGCCGGAGGAAGAGAGAGUGCUGAGGGAACACCACGGCGCCGCUGCUCUGUCCGCUUGGAACCAGGUCAGGAACAGGGAUGCAGCGGGUGCAGCAGAGCUCCGGCAGCGGUAUGAGGAGGAGCAGCAGAGAAGCUUGGAGGAGCAGAGCAUUCUCGCUCUGGAGGACAGGAAGUUGGCGCUGCUCCGAGCCAUGACAUCAUCAUCAGGCUCCGAGUCUGGAGCAGGCUCAGAUGAGGCCCUGCAGUGCCGUCUGCUGGCCCUCGAGCAGAACUUUUCCUUCCCUCGCUCAGCGCUGGCGGUGCAGCUGAGUACGGCGAGGGCGGGGCUUAGCCACUGUCAAGAAGCCUGCGCUUUCCUGGAGGCAGACCGGCCUAUCAGAGAGCAGGACAGUCCCCGUCGUGACGCCAGGUACCAGGUGUUCAGAGACCUGUGGGGGCGGGGUUUCUUCCUGACGUCUGCAGGGAAGUUUGGAGGAGACUUUCUGGUGUAUCCAGGUGACCCGCUGCGUUUCCAUGCCCACUUCAUUGCCGUCUGUCUGACUCUAGAUGAGUCCAUCUGCAUGCUGGACGUCCUCUCUGUGGCCCGGCUAGGCUCCAACGUGAAGAAGACAGUCCUGCUGUGCUCACCGGCGCCAGACGGCUCGGUCCACUACACGUCGUUGCAGUGGAGCGGGAUGAUGUAACGGUGGAACCGGACCACUUUCUGCUGAAUUCAGGACAUCAGGAAAUGACAAGGCCUUGAGAGAGGUCUGUGGACAUUCUGACCCUGUUUUCAACACAAACUUUUAGAACUGAUCGGAACAAGUCAGAAACCAGCUCUGAACCAGAACUGGACCAGCAUUAGUACUGAACCAGGCCAAUGGUCUGGCGGACCUGCUGAACUGACCUAGAAGGUAAAACCAGAGUUCCUGUCAGGCUCCAGCUGCAACAACAGGAUCUGGUCACAAGUUGCUGACAGGAGACCCAUUUAGGCCCCAUUGGGCCCUUAGCAGUGGUCUGAGGCCCGUUAACUCUGCUGAUGUGGACUUGAUUUGGGUUUAUACUGAUGUCGUUUUUCUUUUUGUGUUCUAAGUUUUCUCAUCUCUGUUCAAAGUCCCCCAAGGCCCUGGGUUCUUUGGGCCCGCAAGAGAUUCUCCUUGGGUCCUGGAGCCUUUUGGCCCACUAGGUUAGUACCUAAAUGGUACAGCUGACUCUCAGGGGCCAUGGGCCUUAUGAGGCUUGGGACUCUUUGGUGUCUGUGAACGAGCUUUUCGGCCCCCAACACUUGGGGCAUCCUGGUCUCUGGGUUUCUGACACGUUAGGUCCAUGAGCUUCCUUUAGUCCUGGAGCCCUUUGGACCCUUAGUUUUGAGCUUCUGGACCCAUAGCUGCUCCAUCAGUAGUUGGUAUGAAGGGUGUUCUUCAUCAGGUUUCAGGUUUAUGGUUCCUUCAUGAGCAGAAAUAGUUCUUUUGGUCCCAGAACCUUUAAAUUGAAAACGGUGGAUGAAGAAGUAAUAACCUGAAUGUGGACUGAUCAGUAACCCUAAUUUGGAACAUUUAUCUUCCGGUUUACCGUUUAUUAAGAUGAACAAACUCUUAAUGUUUGGAGAAAAAGGUUUUCUGUUGUGAUUGAAGCAGAAAACUUUCAGAUGAUUAAAAGAUCGUCAUGGAAAUUUGAGCUUUUUGUUAAAGGAGAAUCUGAUUUAUUGUGAACAUAGAUAAAAACUGUUGCUCAGAUUAAAGCAUCAUGUUCUAGAA